AUGGCGUGUCUAGGCGGCAUUCGUGUGAACGUUGUAGAGGCGCGUGGCAUCCUGGCGGCCGACAUGGGCGGUACCAGCGACCCAUAUGUGACCAUCACUCUGCUGGACUCCAAAGGUACCGUGAUGCCUGCGGGUGGCACCUUCAAGACGAACGUCAUCAAGAAAACGCUGAGUCCUCGUUGGGACGAGACGUUCGUGGUGGCCGAUAAGCUCGAUCUGCGUGUCGUGUCGACGCUGCGACUGCUGCUACGCGACUCGGACAAUGGCUUCCUGAGCGACGCCGUACUGGGCGUCGUGGAUAUCCCUGCGUCGCUGCUUAUUGAGCUCAAGGAGCCACUGGACAACUGGUUCCAGCUCACCAAGCACGAGAAGAUGAAGAAGGACUCCAAGGGCGAACUCCGCGUUGUACUGGAGCGACUCGUACCCGAGGAGUCCAUGGCCGGCAGAGGCACAGGAGUGAACAUCAACCCCAUGCUGGAGAUGAAACCUUCGGCCGUGAGCAACGAGCCGCCCAACCUGCUCUACGUGACGCUGAAAUCGGGCAACAAUCUGCUCGGUAUGGAUAAUAACGGCACAACAAGUGACCCUAUUGUGUUUUUCACAUUCAACGGACAGAAACACGAGUCCACGAAGAAGGAGAAGACGCUCAAACCUCAGUGGAACGAGAAGUUCGGCUUCUUCGCCCCCGACGUGAAGAACAAUUUGUCCAUUUUAGUGGAAGAUUAUGACGUUACGAUCAACGACUUUAUGGGCAAAGCAGACGUGUCUUUAAGAGAUCUACAGCCCAAUGUGGAGAAGAAUAUCACAGUGGAACUGGGCGGCAAGAAGGGCAAGAAGGACAAACAGGAGCGGGGAUAUCUGUUACUAACACUGUUAUGGACGUACGAUAAGGACGCGCGGGAUAUCGCAGCGAAGAAGAAGAAAUCGACCUUUUUACCGAACUUUGGAGUGCCCGAUCAAGACUACGACUCGGAUGAUAACGAUGGCGUGGAGAUUGACGACAGUGCUGCCAAUAAAAAGUCAGAAGAAGAACUGAAGAAAGAACGAGAAGAGAAAGCGGAGAAGCAGGCGGCGUUAAUGUCCGAGUUGAGCAGCUUUGAGAUCAAAUCGGGUGACUACAAUGUGCAGGUUCACGUCAUUGAAGCGCGCGACCUGGUGCCCAAGGACUCCACUGGAACAUCCGAUCCAGUCGUGUAUGUGGAAGUGUUUGGAGAGAAACAACAGACUGCCGUGAAGAAGCAAGUGCUCAGUUGUUUCUGGGACGAUCUACUGAUCUUCCCGUUCCGUAACUUGGACAAGUCUGAAGUCGAGAUGGGUUACGUUCGCUUGAGUGUCAUGGACGCCAACACGUUCCAACGAGCGGAACUCAUCGGCGCCGCGCAAUUCGAUGUGUCGUACAUUUAUUCUCAAGCGAACCAUCAGCUGGCCAACGUCUGGAUCGGUCUUACGGACAUCGCGAACACUACAAACCAAGGUAUUCAGGGAUAUCUGCGAGCUUCCAUCUCUAUCAUCGGACCAGGAGACAAACUCGUGCCACCUCCGUCUCCAUUCGGCGAAGGAGCGUCGUCAGACAUGAACAACGUCAUCAUGCCACCCAGUGUCACUCAACACGUGCGCUUCUUAGGCGCCGUCAUCCAUGUAGCUGAACAUUUGCCACCGAUGGAUGUUGCUGUGGUCGGAAGAGGUGGUCUGGAUGCUUACGUUAAGGGGUCCAUCGCUGGAGGAGACGCAAUUCGCACCCGUGUACGCACUAAGAAAGGUCGACGAGACGAGCUCUGUCCGAGCUUUAAUGAAGAGCUGAUGCUGGUUAUCCGUGAGCCGUCGAUGGCUGAUUCCAUCCAGUUGGCUGUGUACGAUUGGGAUCAAGUGGGAUCAGACGAGUUGGUGGGGUAUGUGUACCAGAGCGUGAAGCUCGUCAAGGCGAUGGGUGGGAAGAUCGGACCGUUCUGGGCCAAUAUCUACGGCGCUCCACUGCGCCUCAAGUCGGUUGGGAUUGGCGACUCGAUGAAGAAGCAGAUGAACACGUAUCCUGACAUUGCCAGCACCUACCGCGGUCGUCUUCUCAUUACGCUGCGUGUAUUGGACAAUGACGACAACUCGUUCGACGAAACGAACCAGAAGCGCAACACGAAGCGCAUUCCUCGAGAUCUGUACCCUCGAGAGCGCAUCUAUCGACUGCGAGCGCACUUUGUAUGGGGCAGCCAGAUCCCGUCGUUCAUGAGCUCCAAACGUCCCGGACAGAAGGCCAAGAUGCAGCUGGUGAUGUCUUGUGGUCUCAAUGAGAUUGCGUCGUCCCGGAAUCGUAACGUGAACGGGACUGUGGAGUGGAAUAACAUGGAAGAGAGCGAGAAGAUGUUGCUCCCCGAAGAUCUGUCUCAAGUGCCUGAUAUCUUCUUGUAUCUGUGCAGAGGAGAGGGAGAUACCCGCAAGGCUGUGUGCUUCCGUCGCUUUACUGCAAAGGAGUUGUUCGAGGGCCGUCCAGCUCGCGAUAAUGAUACGGGUUUUGCUGGUGGAUUCAACAAUGAAGUGGACUGGAUAUCGAUGAAGGAAGACCAAGCUAUCGACGCAUUAGAGGACGAGACGUUCCCUGGUAAUGUGCUGGUACGUAUGGGCUUUGGAACGGAAGAAAUGGCGAUGCAGACGGCAUGGGAUCGCUCCGACUUGGACGCAGUGAAUAAACGUAUCCCGUACCAGUUACGUGUGCACAUUUAUCAAGGUCGACGACUCCCUCCUGCUGACUCCAAUGGCCUUUUGGAUCCGUUCCUGGUUGUUCGAUGCAUGGGGGAGGAGAUGCUGACUUCCAAGAAGAAGAAAACGAGAGAUCCAUUGUGGUACGAGACGCUGCACUUUGACGUUAACUUACCAGAACUCAAGUAUGCACCUCAAGUGAUGCUGCGCGUCAUGGACUACGACGACUUUGACUCGAAUGACUUCGUCGGUCUAGCUGCUCUCAACCUCUCAGACGCAGUGAUCCGGUCGUCAGAUCAAGUGGCUGGCGAGCACCAGCCGUCUCUCCCAGACCCUCAAUGGCAUCGCAUCAUGUUCCAGGAACCCGGAGACUGUGAAGGUGAAAUCCUGGCAUCUUUGGAGCUUAUCCGCAAGCAAUUUCCGGAUGAAACAGUGCGACGAGCGCCGUCCAUUGUACCGAGGAACCGUAAGGCGUUCUUGGAGAUCACCGUCUUGGGUCUGCGCAACAUGGAGCCGUACCAGUUCUUGCCUAUUCAACUGCCAUUUGUCGAGUUCGUUCUGGGUGGUAAGGACCACGCAGCACAGGAAAUGAUCACGGAAAAGUCCAAACGUCCGUCUGGGAGCAACCCCAACUUCCUGCAGCGUAUCGUCAAAGAGGUUGAGUUGCCUGAGAACGCGCACUUUGCGCCCCGAUUGAACAUUAUUGUGAAGGACACUCGACUCGGAGGUUUCCAGACGCCCAUUGUGGGCUCAGCGUCAAUUGAAAUGAGCUCCAAGAUCCCGUGGUCCAAGCAUUAUCGUCCGCCACAGAACGAUACGCUGGCUGAGAUUGAGCUGGAAUCUGCAGACGAAUGGGGAGACGACGCGCCUCUAUUGGGCAAAGUAGUCAAGCCGGACGACUCGCCUGGAAUGGAGUCGGUGGAUAAUGGUGCUGGAGUCUUCGGGGCGUUGAAGAGUAUGGGCGUGGACUUUGAUCCUAAUGGAGCCUUUGAAGAAGCCUCGUCUAGACACUCGACGCUGGCUGGAGAAGAGGACGAUCCGGACUCAAAGAAAUACUUGAAACACCGCGAAUUACUGGACGGUGAUCUGGAAUCCGAGCUUAAAACAACCCCGUUCGAGAAGUAUGGACUGCAUAUUGGCCAGAAGAAGAAGAAAUCGUCUCUUCUGGCUGCGAUCAACCCGUUCGCCAAGAAAUCUCGAGGUGUUGGAGACGAUGUGGGCAUGUACAAGAUGGCUGGAUACUUCAAGGGGUUGAUCCGAGUCAUUGAACGAGAGGAUGAAAAACCGCUGUUCGACUUUGAUACAUUACUCCAGACUCUCCCGUAUGAAGUGCGUGUGUACGUCUUGGACGGCGUGGGCUUUGCUCCGAUGGAUAUCGGAUUGAAUGGCCGUCCUGGUAAAUCGGACCCUUAUUUGCGCUUAAAACUGGGAGACAAGAAGAUCAGCGACCGCAAGAAUUACAUCGAAGACACGACGGACCCGGAUUUCUACAAGAUGUUCAUGUUUAACGCCAAGCUCCCGGGUGCCAGCAUCUUGACGAUCGAAGCGAUGGACCACGACCUCAUUGGAGGCGACGACUUGAUCGGAAAGACCACGAUUGACCUCGAAGAUCGACUGUUUGACAGGAGAUGGCAGGCCAUGGGCAAGAUGUACGAGACGUCCAGUCGACUGCGCUUGAAGCCACUGGAGACGCGGACACUGAACAUCCCGACGUCGCGAGCACCGAUGGGUACCGUCAAGUUGUGGGUCGACAUUUUGAGUCCUGCCCAAGCGCACGACUAUCCAGCGAUCGAUAUUUCGUUGCCUCCACCCGUCGAUAUGGAGCUGCGCGUGGUGGUCUGGAAGGCGCGGAAUGUGCCGUCAUUUGACACGCUGGAAGACAUGAAUGAUCUGUUCUUCCGCUGCUGGAUGGAAGGAUCGGAUUACCAGGAGACGGACAUUCAUUGGCGUGCGAAGAAGGGCAAAGGCUCGUUCAAUUGGCGGAUGAAGUUCCCAAUCACGCUGGGUCAUAAGCAAACCAACACCAAGAUCCCGUACUUCCACAUCCAAGGCUGGGACAAGGACGUGCUGUCUGCUAACGAUGCGAUCGGAGAGCACACGUUGGACCUUGGACCGUAUUUCCGUCGCGCUUACAAGCUCAAGUCGAACGUUCAAGUGUAUGAGGAUGACGAGGAGACGAGGAAGAAGAAGAAGAAGGCGUCGUCCGAUGAUGACGCGGCGGUCAAGAAGAUCCGAGAGGCGACGGGACUCUGGGAUGAGGACGACCCGGCGGAUUCCAAGUGGCUGAAGCUGGAAAGUCUCGACCACAAGACGAACACUCGAAACUUCAUGGGCGAAGUGUGUGUGUCACUCGAGUUGGUUCCAGCGGAGAACGCGAAGAAGAAUCCCGUGGGUCAGGGCCGCUCUUCGCCCAACAACUCGCCGUAUCUGCCUCCUCCGGCUGGACGUUUGUCGUUCUCGUUGAACCCGUUCAAGGUGCUCAACGAUCUACUGGGCCCUUCCAUCUGUCACCGACUUACAUGCUGCUUCUGCUGCAUCCUGUUCAUGGUGCUGGUCUAUUUCUUGGCUCCGUUCAUCAAUGUGGCCAUCAUUACGCUCAAAGGAUAA